AUGUCAUUCACAGCAGGAUGCCUGGGCAGACUGGGCUCUCAGGUUAAUGCCAUCUCCUCCAUGAGCAACCGCUUCCUCUUCAGUUUUAUUUUUAUUUUAACAGUUCACUCGGAACACUCUAAACGUGUGUAUCAAGGAGUCCGUGUCAAGCACACUGUCAAAGACCUCCUAGCAGAGAAAAGGUCCCGACAGACAAAUGUGUCCUUCAAGCAUAAUACUGGAACUAACUCUUCUCAAACAUCAGCUUAUGUCCAGAUGUCUGGUUCCCAUGUAAUACCUGGUUAUUAUGGAGUAAGAAGGCCCUACCUAUCAGAUUCUGAGCUAUCUCAUUGUCAUCCAUCUAAGCAGUACACUGCAGAUGUAUAUUCAUCUUCUCUCAGCGGGAAGUCGAUUGGAUGUGAUCCACCGGGUGUCUCAGGGUAUCAGCCCCUGUUUGACCCAUACUUUACAGAAACAUUUGGAGACUACCGCACACCAACAUUCCCAUGCAUGGCAAAUUCCAUUUUCACGCCACAGGGCCCUCCACCUCUCAUUCCACCUUUUCCCAAUGAGUCAUCACAUUUUUUGCUGAGAGAUUCAUGGGAAAGUGUUCCAGACAGUGUCAUCCAGGGUGAAGGGCUUUGUGACUCCCUCCAGCAAAUGCAGGCAGCCGCAAGUAAUUGCCAAUCUUCACAAGAUAACGGCCAUGCUCUGCCUGGUCCUGACUCCAGCUCUCCGCCUCAGUACAGGAGUACCAACAGGAGCAACAGCAUGUCAAGCCAGGGAUGCCAGCCAUAUCCACUUCACCCGCUAGAGGAGAUGCAUUUUGCCUCAAGUUACCAAGCCGCCUCAGCAUACGGAUGUGCCCCUUUUCUGACUGUACCGUCGGAACUGGCUGCCAAGGUGGUCCAUCUCUCACCCGAAGAAUCUUCUGACAUAACAACUACUUCAAUGCACGAUGUCUCCUCUUGGGGAAAGGAAGAUGCCAGCAGCACCUGGCCUUUGUAUGAUGUCAGACGGACCUAUUAAGAUGUCUCACUUGGCAAUUAAUUUGUAUAUUUAGCUGGAGGA